UGUCUAAUCUACAAACGGUAGCCGGCCAUAUAGCCACAGCGUAUCUUUAUAACUUGCAGUUGAUCCGAUCAUUCAAAUGCAAUUUAUUUAAACGUUUCCUGUAAACAAUGAGCUAGUUUACUUAUAACACACACUAUUUAAAAAUAUUGUGAAGAACAAACUAUGUUGAAGCUAACCAUAAAAAAGGUGUCACAAGCCCUUCAAGAUGAAGUAUUCUCUGCCACAGACCUCUGCAGAGCUUGCCUCAGGAGAGCCAAACUUAUUGAACCUCUUAAUCCAUUUGUAACAGUAACAGAAGCAAAAGCCCUUGAGCAAGCAAAGAAUGCAGAUUUAAGAUAUAAAGAAGGCAGCAGCAAGAGCAGUCUAGAUGGGGUGACUGUCGCAGUCAAGGACAAUUUCUGUACAGCUGGAGUCACCACUACCUGUGGCUCCCGAAUGCUUCAGGAUUAUGUUCCUCCCUACAACGCCACAGUUGUAGAAAGAUUGGAGGAGGCAGGAGCUGUAUUGGUGGGGAAAACCAACUUAGAUGAGUUUGCUAUGGGAUCAGGUACUGUGGACUCAGUACAUGGACCCACAUACAAUGUGUGGGGAUUUUCACUGUCUCACAGCCAAGGAUGUGGAGUUUCUAGACAUAGGAUAGCUGGUGGCAGCUCUGGAGGCAGUGCUGUAGCCGUAGCCACUGGAGCAUGUUUUGCUGCCCUAGGGUCAGACACAGGGGGCUCUACUCGCAACCCUGCGGCCUACUGUGGUGUAGUGGGUCUCAAACCCACCUACGGUAGAGUAUCACGACAUGGUCUUAUUCCUCUAGUCAACUCCAUGGAUGUCCCAGGCAUCCUAGCAAGGACUGUAGAAGAUGCUGCCCAAGUCUUUAAUGUGAUCUCUGGCCAUGACCCUAAAGAUUCUACAACAGUGACAGACAGUUUCCCACCUGUAAUGCUUGGAGAGAGUGUUAACCUCUUUGGUCUCACUGUGGGUAUUCCCCAGGAGUACCAUUGUCCAGGGCUCAGUCCCGAGGUGCUGCAAGCCUGGAGUGACACAGCUGACCUACUGGAGGAGGCUGGAGCCACAGUGAAACAGGUCUCAUUGCCCCAUACACCACUGUCUAUCGUCUGCUACUCUGUAUUGAACCAGUGUGAAGUGGCUAGCAACAUGGCACGAUACGAUGGUCUGCAGUAUGGAUAUCGGGCGGACUCCUAUGCAUCAACAGAACAGCUGUACGCAGACACACGCAGUCAAGCUCUGGGCCUUGUUGUGCGGAGCCGAAUACUUACAGGCAACUACUUUCUCUUGAACAGGAAUUAUGAGAAGUACUUUGAGCAAGCCAUGAGAGUGAGGAGACUGAUAUCACAGGAUUUCAUGGCAGUGUGGGAGGGUCAGGGCGGGGUGGACCUGCUGCUGACCCCGACCACUCUGACCACCGCCCCCACCGUCGAGCAGUUCACCAGCCUCGACAACCGGGAACAGUGUGCCACUCAAGACUAUUGCACCCAGCCCACCAACAUGGCAGGUUGUCCAGCUGUUUCUAUCCCAGUUCGUCUCUCCCAGGAUCGUCUGCCAAUCAGUCUACAGCUGAUUGCACCCAACUUUUGUGAACAGUUGAUGCUGUCUGUUGCCCACUGGAUCCAAACUGCUGUUGACUUUCCUCAGCUACCAUUACUAAGUGAUAAUAAUUCAUCAUAGGCUAUUUUGUUGUAAGGUAGUGUUGUUAAUAAAAUCUGUUAUUAUUUGUACUGUA